CAGAAUCGCCUCACCGCAAUCGAGUCUUGAUGCUUGAAGCUUGACUACUCGACAUCGUCUCAUUUCGUCCGCCUGGGUUCAGCAUCAGCCCCGCGCUCACGUUUCGCUCACGACCAUCGCCUUCCUUGCCUCCCGGCUCUGUUCUCAAUCCCAUCUUAGACCUGACAAGUCGUAUGUCCGCACAAAGUGCUCGCCCCCGUAGCAACAGCAUGUCGACGUUCCUCCGCCUCCGUCACGCAAACGCUGGCCAGCCUACCCUUGGUGACCUCAGGCGCACCAUGCUGCAGGAGCAACGACACGCCGACGCACAGCUCGAGGCAUUCGUAAAUGGCCUCCCGCGCCUUGGCGAGGCAGACCUCGCCACGCUCGGCGAAUCAGACUCGCACUGCCCCAUCUGCUUAAACCCGCUGCUCACACUGCUCGCCGAGGAGGAGCUCGCGCUCGCGCUCGACUCGCCCGCGCACCCACCCGAGGAGCUUGGCGUCACCCGCCUCAUUGACAGCUGCAAACAUAUCUUCUGUCGCAAAGACAUCCGAAACUGGGUGCGCGAAGGCAAAUCGACGUGUCCGACGUGCCGCCGCCCCGUCCUCCCGCCACCCUCACCAUCCUCUACAUCGCGCGCUCCCUUCGACUCUCCUGCGACGCUCGACUUCGAUGAACCGUUACGGCGCAUCGCGGACCUCCUCGCCGAGCUGGGCAGCCCAGAGCGCGACAUGGGCGACCGCGCGAGCGCCGUGGGGGAGUCGCGGAACGGGUUUGAAGGGAUGUACUCCUAGGCCGCCGAGCGGCUGUGCUGCCGAAUCGACGAGUUUUGUUUGGAGUGGAAUCACGACGCAAGGGACGAGGCGAUGAUGUGAGCAUAUGUGCGCGAUGAGUGUUCAGGCAUCGGUGCACUUUAUGAUAGGUUGUAGUCGGAAUGUACAUUAGUGUGCGCCGCAAUUGCAGUACAGAUUGCAUUUGCGCGG